GCUUAAUGUUUCCUGUGUCAAUGCAGGCUAAGGAUGUUUCUGAAUGGGUGUAAUGCCGUGUGCUAGUCUACAGUCGGCUACAAUAAAACAAAUAGGCUACGGGCGACAAUUCAAUCUCGGGAUAUAAUUUCCCUACUCCAGGAACGUAGUUUCCUGUUCUUGUUUGAUUACGUCGGUGCGGAUGUUUUUGCGUAUCGGAAGGGCGGACGGAGGUGAUUUUCCACUGAGCUCGCGAAGGCUUUUCCAUCGCAGCCGACGUGGGCGGAGAGAACUAGAGAGUGCCAUGAUCGCCAUCAUCCAUGUGUUCCAUAAAUACUCGGGCCACAAGUGCAAGCUGAAGAAGGCAGAGCUCAAAGAACUUGUCAAUAAUGAGAUGAGUCACUUCAUAAUUAAUAUCCAAGAGAAAGAGACUCUGGAUGAGCUGUUUGCAGACCUGGACCAGAACGGAGACCUGGAGAUAGACUUCCAAGAGUUUAUCGCUCUGAUCGCCAUGAUGACAUCAACGUGCCAUGAUCUCUUCAGCACGGAUCACCGCCGUUAGUGACACAAUAUGGCGUUCCAUAAAUUCCAGGGUCCUCUUCCAGGCGUCCUCUUGGGCGGCAGCGUGGGGUGCCAGGUGCCCUCCCCAGAGAGUGAUCACUAUAUGGAAAAACAACAGGACAGCAUGGAAAAUAACCUGAAAAUACAAAUCAUAAUGUAGUUCUCUCAUUUCUGAGAUACUGUAUGUUAAUUAUAAUGUCUAUUACCAUUUUGUCAAAUACCCUUAUUUGGAAACCCUUUCAAUUUGAAUACAUAUGUUAGUGCUUGUAAGUGGAUAUAUAAAUCAAGAAUAAAGGACUGAUAAAUGUU